GACAGAAGAAGGAAAGUCUUUGGUCGGAAAACACAAGACCAAAUCAAAACUCUCUAUAUCUUCUGUGUUCUGUUUUUUUUUUUCUUCAGGGGUUUUCUAAUCUUAUUCUAGACUCGCAUCGAUCAUGGCGACUGAUGAAACGAUACUCAAUCACCUGAAAGUGGAGAUCCCAGUAGACGAGGAAUCUCUUCUUCUGAACCCAGACUCGAGCGUCGGUCUCGUCAUCAUUGACGUGGUCAACGGCUUCUGCACCGUUGGCUCCGGAAACAUGGCUCCAACAAAGCCCAGCGAACAGAUAUCGAAGAUGGUUGAGGAAUCUGCAAGGCUCGCAAGAGAGUUCUGCGAUCGUAAAUGGCCCGUCUUUGCGUUUCUCGACACUCAUCAUCCUGAUGUUCCGGAGAUCCCUUACCCUCCUCAUUGUAUUAUAGGAACUCAAGAAGCAGAGCUUGUCCCUGCUCUACAGUGGCUUGAAAGUGACGUUGGUGUCACUCUUAUGAGGAAGGAUUGCAUUAAUGGGUUUGUGGGUUCGAUGGAGAAAGACGGUUCUAAUAAGUUUGUGGAUUGGGUUAAGGAGAAACAGAUCAAAGUUAUUGUGGUUGUAGGUAUCUGCACAGACAUAUGUGUGUUUGAUUUUGUGGCUACUGUACUCUCUGCUCGAAACCACAGUGUUCUUCCUCCUCUGGAAGAUGUGAUAGUGUACUCACGUGGAUGCGCCACUUAUGACCUUCCUCUUAAUGUCGCAAAAAACAUUAAAGGCGCUCAGCCUCAUCCCCAGGAGAUGAUGCACCAUGUAGGUCUAUACAUGGCUAAAGGAAGAGGAGCUAAGGUAGUCUCUGAAGUUUCUUUUGAUCCUUGAAAGACUAAAACUUAUAUCAUUCUUGAUUUCGAUUGAUUCAGUCGAUUGUUGAGUUUGCCUUUUUAUGUUGUAAAUUGUUCAUGAAAGCUUGUUUGCUGAAGAUCAACUUAUAUGUAUUUGAAUUCUCAUUUGUCUAAAUGAAAUGUUUUAGUAUGA